AUGGCGGCCGGCAGCGCGCGCAUUGUGCGAUACAUCCUCCUGGCAUUCUUUUUCUUCGCCGUCGUCUACUUCGUCUCCCAUUCCUCCUACGAUGGCGUGCCGUUGACCACCGACUCCCUGAGGGCCGGCAAGGGCUCGACGACCAGCUCCGAGAAGGACACAUCCUCCGGAUCCAAGGGAGCUGCCAGCAAGGAUGCCGGCAAGUCGAGCAGCUCGAGCGGCACCAGCUUCGGCAGCAGCCCCGGCACCCCCUCGACCUCGCACCAAGACCUCGCUGAGGCCCCGAUGGCCCUGACUCCUGCCGACGCCGGCUGGGACAACCUGCUGGGCACGGCUCCUGGCCCCCGUAUGAACGCCACCUUUGUCACGCUUGCGCGGAACAGCGACGUGUGGGAGAUUGCACGCUCCAUCCGCCAGGUCGAGGACCGCUUCAACCGCCGCUACAACUACGACUGGGUCUUCCUGAACGACAAGCCCUUCGAUGCCACCUUCAAGAAGGUCACGUCCUCGCUCGUGUCCGGCAAGACGCACUACGGCGAGAUCCCCAAGGAGCACUGGUCCUUCCCCGAGUGGAUCGACCAGGACAAGGCCAAGAAGGUCCGCGAGGACAUGGCCCAGCGCAAGAUCAUCUACGGCGACUCGGUCAGCUACCGUCACAUGUGCCGCUACGAGUCCGGUUUCUUCUUCCGCCACCCGAUCAUGAACAACUACGAGUGGUACUGGCGUGUCGAGCCCAGCGUCGAGCUCUUCUGCGACGUCCACUACGACCCCUUCCGCUUCAUGGCCGAGAACAAGAAGAAGUACAGCUUCGUGCUGAGUCUGUACGAAUACGUCGAGACCAUCCCCACCCUCUGGGACAGCACCAAGAAGUUCAUGAAGAACCACCCCGAGCACAUUGCCGAAGGCAACUCGAUGGGAUUCCUCAGCGACGACGGCGGCGACAGCUACAACCACUGCCAUUUCUGGUCCAACUUCGAGGUCGGCAACCUGAACUGGCUGCGAUCCCAGCCCUACAUUGACUACUUUGAGGCCCUCGACAAGGACGGCGGUUUCUUCUACGAGCGAUGGGGCGAUGCCCCUGUGCACUCCAUUGCCGCCAGCUUGUUGCUGAAGAAGGAGGAGAUCCACUUCUUCAACGACAUUGCCUACUACCACGUUCCCUUCACCCACUGCCCCACCGGCGAAAAGGUGCGAACAGACCUUCGUUGCCACUGUAACCCCAAGGACAACUUUGACUGGAAGGGCUACUCUUGCACGUCGAGAUACUUUGAAAUUAAUGGCCUGGAGAAGCCGGAAGGCUAUGAGAACCAGCAAGACUAG